AUGGCUCUUGCCCGCCGCCUCCUCCCGCUCUUCCUCCGCCGCGGCGGCGCCCUCCCCCGGCCCCCAUGCCCCACCCCCGCCCGCGCCCUCUCCACCGCCGCCCUCCCAGCCGACGCCCCCACCCCAACCGCCGACGAGGACGACGACGCCAUCACCAUCAAGGGCGUGCGCAUCUCGGGCCGCCCGCUCUACAUGGACAUGCAGGCGACCACGCCGGUCGACCCGCGCGUCCUCGACGCCAUGCUCCCCUACUACCUCUCCCAGUACGGCAACCCGCACUCCCGCACCCACCUCUACGGCUGGGAGUCGGACGCGGCCGUCGAGUCAGCCCGCGCGCGCGUCGCCGCGCUCGUCGGCGCCGACCCGCGCGAGAUCUUCUUCACCUCGGGCGCCACCGAGUGCAACAACAUCGCCGUCAAGGGCGUCAUGCACUUCUACCGCGACCGCCGCCGCCACGUCAUCACCACGCAGACGGAGCACAAGUGCGUGCUCGACUCCUGCCGCCACCUCCAGCAGGAGGGCUUCGACGUCACCUACCUGCCCGUCCGCCCCGACGGCCUCGUCGACCUCGCCCAGCUCCGCGACGCCAUCCGCCCCGACACGGGCCUCGUCUCCGUCAUGGCCGUCAACAACGAGAUCGGCGUAGUCCAGCCGCUCGAGGAGAUCGGCCGCCUCUGCCGCGAAAACGGCGUCCACUUCCACACCGACGCCGCGCAGGCCCUCGGCAAAAUCCCAAUCGACGUCAACCGGAUGGGGAUCGGCCUCAUGUCCCUCUCCGCGCACAAGAUCUACGGGCCCAAGGGCGUCGGCGCGCUCUACCUGCGCCGCCGCCCCCGCAUCCGCGUCGAGCCGCAGAUGAGCGGCGGCGGCCAGGAGCGCGGCAUCCGCAGCGGGACCGUCCCGACCCCCCUCGUCGUCGGCUUCGGCGCCGCCUGCGACAUCGCCUCCCGCGAGAUGGACUACGACGAGAGGCGCGUCAGCGCGCUGCAGCAGCGCCUGCUCGACGGGAUCCGCGCCAAGGUCGACGAUGUUGUCAUCAACGGCAGCAUGGAGCACCGCUACUCGGGCAACCUCAACCUCUCGUUCGCGUACGUCGAGGGGGAGAGCUUGCUCAUGGGUCUCAAGGAGGUGGCCGUGUCCAGCGGCAGCGCCUGCACCAGCGCCAGCCUGGAGCCGUCCUACGUGCUCCGCGCGCUUGGCGUGGACGAGGACAUGGCGCACACCUCCAUUCGCUUUGGCAUUGGCCGCUUCACAACCGAGGCCGAGGUGGACAGGGCCACUGAGCUCACUGUGCAUCAGGUGCUCAAGCUACGGGAGAUGAGUCCGCUCUAUGAGAUGGCCAAGGCUGGCAUCGACAUCAAGAGCAUCCAGUGGUCGCAGCACUGACACUGUCUUCCCUAUGCUUAUUCCCUCAAAAGAC